UGUCGAGAUCAGACCACGUCUAUGCAGUCUGAUCCAGACAGACCAUAUUGAAUAAAAAAUGAACAUUUUGUUAAGUCAACCACACUGAAAAUUGAACAAAUAACUGAGGGGAAAAAAUGUUUUUUUUUUUGCAUUAAAACAUAAAAUCCAACAUGCAUGAAUAAUUUUGACUACCUAAAUCUUAGUAAAUAACAAAGAUACAAAAUCAAAGAAUCCCAACUCGCACCAUAACGUCACGAACAUUAACGUAAUGUCAUAUGGAGACACGAUCGUCUCUAUUCUCUAGUGAAAUGUGGUUGUCAGUGAAGGAGGGGACGAGAUUUUCAAAAUUAAGGUUGAGACUUGAGUGUUGAGUCUCGUUGGGGGAGUUGGGAGAGUGGUCGAGUGGGAUUCUAACAUGUAUUGUGAAGUCGGCUAGAUCCACGAUUUGGUCCGAUAAAUCACGGUCUAAACCAGACCAGACCAAGAGAUCAAAACUUCAUAUAAUACAGACAAUGUACCAGACCAUUCUUCACGAUCUACGAUCCGGACCAAACUGUGCGGUCUGGUUUGGUCCAUGGUUUUUCAAACAGUCUGGUCUAUUUUCCUAGCCCUACUUUUGGUGCGUAAUGCUCUUAUUCCUUCUGGGCUGCGUCAGUGGGCUUUCAGCAAGAAGAAUCAGUUGGGCCCGAAGAUACCAAGCUUAUCUUAUGAUUGGGCCCAACGCGGCAGUCUGGCCGCCACACGCUCUCUUCACUCUUCCCAAUCCAAUUACCGGCAAUAGUUCAGCGCCAUCCAUACAGUAGGAGAAAUACCCUCCCAAUUCGGCCACAAAACCUACGAUCUAUAUUCUGACACGUCACCCUAACACGAAAAGUCGGACCAAUCCACGGCACCAAUUCAAUCUCCCUUACGUAACCACACUACACGCCACAAUUCCCACCGCCUCAUUUUACCUUAUUACCCCUCUGCUUUCAUUCUCCCCGCAUCGCUUCGUCGUCUUCUUCCCUUUCAUUCUUCCUUUCUCUCUGAGUCCAAUCCCCCAAAGGCGAAAUCCAUCAAAAAGAACGAACCAGCCCAAAAUGGCGUCCAGCUUACUGAGACGCGGCGUAUCUCUGGCCAGAACGGCGGUGGCGUCACCAUCGACAGCGGCGAGGCUGGUGGCGGCCCGCCCUCACGCCUCCGAGGCGGAGGCACAGAAGGUGGAGCCGAAGGCCCGCCCAACCACCGACGUCAAGACCUUCCAAAUCUACCGAUGGAAUCCGGACAACCCGUCGAAGCCGCAGCUUCAGGACUUCCAAAUCGACCUCAAGGAGUGCGGGCCCAUGGUGCUCGACGCCCUUAUCAAGAUCAAGAACGAGAUGGAUCCGUCCCUGACCUUCCGACGUUCCUGCCGGGAAGGGAUCUGCGGAUCCUGCGCGAUGAACAUCGACGGGUGCAAUGGGUUGGCUUGCUUGACCAAGAUUCCUGAAUCGUCCGCUGGGCCGACGAUGAUCACGCCGCUGCCACACAUGUUCGUGAUUAAGGAUCUCGUGGUGGACAUGACGAAUUUUUACAAUCAGUACAAGAGUAUUGAGCCGUGGCUGAAGAGGAAGAGCCCGCCGGAGAAUCCAGGGAAGGAGAUUCUGCAGAGUAAGAAGGAUAGGGCGAAGCUGGAUGGGAUGUAUGAGUGCAUAUUGUGUGCUUGCUGUAGCACUUCGUGCCCGAGCUAUUGGUGGAACCCAGAGUCGUACUUGGGACCUGCGGCUCUGCUUCAUGCUAACAGAUGGAUCAGCGACAGCCGAGAUGAGUACACCAAGGAGCGGCUGGAUGCCGUGAACGACGAGUUCAAGCUCUACAGGUGCCAUACUAUCUUGAAUUGCGCUCGUGCCUGCCCAAAGGGGUUGAACCCUGGGAAGCAGAUCCAGAAUAUCAAGGGUCUUCAAAUGAGCGGUCCUGCUGCUUGAGUUUGAUUAAUACUAGAUUUGGAGGAGAAGCAUUGAGGAUUUGCAUUGACCAGUUCAUUAUUUCGGAUAUAAACUUGCUUUGUGGUAGUUUUAAAUAAUUUGUACAAACAAUUGUAUUUCGCUCAAUCGAUCCUCUUUGUAUUUAAGUGUUGUCAUUUGGGACUUUUGUCCCUCUUCUCUUCAGAAUAAUACAGGUUUUACUGGGGAUGCCUAUGUUCUGUGAAGUUAGCUUGACCUUGCACCUCCUUGGCAGUAGUACUAGAAAGAUUGGUGCUUUGGCUUGUGACAUUUGAGGAUAGUUAACCCCUAUUGUUCGGCUUGUGGUUCCAAUUGCCCUAUUUCUCAUCCAAAGUUUACAAAAGCUCGAACUUAUUUUAUUUUGAUGUCAAAUUCCCUUAGUCGGAUGUUCGACGUUUAACAUUGUUAAUGUGUCGUGUCUAUUGUAUCUUUUUCCACUGGUUCGAGUUUGGACUUUACUUAUGUCUAUGGCAUAUUUUUCCAAACUCACCAUCCAUUAUGCUUAUUAAUUUAUCAUAGUUGCUUGUCAAUGCAAAUCCUCAAUGCUUCUCCAAAUCUAGUAUUAAUCAAACUCACAAUUCACUUCUUUAGCACUCAUUAACUGAUUUGGAGCUCAAUGUUUCGUCAAUUCUCCCAAUAAUCACUCUUGUUUGCAAUUGUGCCGAUAUUUUCUAUUAGUCGAUCCACAGGUCUUUAACAAUUUUGACAAAAAUCCUUGUAGAGUUGUAGUUGUAGUUGUAGUGUGGCAAUAGACAUUGGUAAAGAAU